GCCGGUCCCAGGCAGCCGAGCUCUCUCCGGGCCUUGAGGCCUCCCCUUCGCCCACCAUCCCGGCGCCGUUUCCCGUAAAGGCCGAAGCGCUUCCCCCGUCAUCGCUCCUGCUCGCUGCCGCCUCCGCCCUUUGCUCCCGGCCUCGGCCCCUCCAUCCUCACGAGACGCCUCAGCUGCCCCAGGAUCCUGUCAGCCUUUAUUCAGCAAAGCCCGAACUCGAAGAAAUUGUGCCCCCAAAGUCUCAAACCAGUGAAGGAGGUCCUGCUUUUCUGCUUGUAUCUUCUUUUUUAAAAGAAGUGAAAAUGGGUGAAGCUGCAGAUUCUUUACAGGGUGGUGUCUUAUCCCAUCUGGAAAAGUUGGAGGCUCGUGCCAACCAAGCAGCGCUGAAGCAAGGGGAAAAGCGGCGGCAUGAGGAGAAAGUGGCCAGGAUGAAAGCAAGGAUCCGGGAACUGAGGCGUCAGCGAGAUGAGCUGAGGACCAAACUGGAUGUGUGUCGUUCUGAGCUCAUCGGGGCCAAAGACUCCACAAAAAGCAAUUCUCAGGCUCCCCAGGCUACAGAAAUCGGCCAACAAGCCCUCUUGGAAUGGAAGAUGGAAAAUGUCAAGGGUCUGCUACGAGUGUUUCGUCUGACAGGUUUCAGUGCGAAACUGACCAAGCGCGGAGCCUGCCUGUGCAUCACCACUGCCUUUGAUGGCACCUACCUGGACUCCUACUACCUGGACCUCCUUAUACAGCAGCCGGUCCAGAUCCAGCAGCACUCAGUCCCAGCCUUCAUCCCCUUGGAGCAAAUUGCUUGCAAGCAUUUACAGAUGGACAUCAAACGCUUCUUGACUGAGCUCUCGGAUCACCUGAAUGCUUACGCGAGGAGGAAGUUCCAGGCUGAUCAAUUACAGGAGCACUUUGCUGCUUUCCUUGAAGGACGCUUACUGGGAAAUCCCUUGUGCAACCUGUUGGAAUUUACCUACAGUGUGACAAGAGAAGACAGGAGUUUUCCUUUCACAGCAAAACUCACUUAUGGAGAUCCUGUGAGCGACCGACCAACCGACAUCACUGUCAAAUGUAAAGAAGAUGCUCCAGCAUCUUUGGCAGAGAUGGCAGCAGUUCAUCUGGCCUUGUUCCAUGAGAAGCCUCUUCAUGAGGUCUUCAGCUCCAUCACAGCGUCAGCAGAAAAUCUGAGUCAAUCCAUUGCACUGGAAUUGCCUGCCCCGUCCACAGCUGUGCCUCCUGGCGGCCACAGGAUUCCCACGGAGGCCGCUGCUGUGUAAAUUCUCUCUCUCUCUCCAGGAAGGGAGGGCAAGAAGCAUCUCUGAGUACUACAGCUCUUUCCUACCCAGAAAACCUCCACCAUGUACGUAACUAUGGGCUGUCUUCAGUCCAACGGCAAGCUUCUUGGGGACACUUUAGCCUAAUGGGAAAAGUUUGCGCUUUCAAAGUUACAUUAGGAAUCUGAAGAGAGAUGGAAGCACGUGGCAGCGAAAUCUUGUUUGAUUAGCAAGCAACCUCUAGCUGAGUCAGGACGAGAUGGAGUGGAAGCCUUUUCACUUCUCAAUACCCAUUUAUUAAUCGGCUCCCGUAUAGUAAUCUUAGUGCUUCCUGUGACGCUUUGGUGUGAGAAUCCUGCCUACUACAAAUACCAUGAGUGGGAUGGAAGCAUAUUCAUGUGGCACCAUCCAUGCAGGAGCGCCAGUUUUGCUGCUGAGCCUACCCCUGAAGCUCUGAUCCUGCAGGCCUGAAAACAGAGGAAGAGGAAGCCUUCCUUGGCGUUUCCCAGAGAAUUGGCCUUGGACUGAGGCUUGGCCCUCAUUGAGGACACUCAGAUGCUAUUUCAAAAGCAGCUGACUGUUUUGCAGAAGUGAUUUGAAAUUUUGUAAACAACAUUUAAUAUAGAAUAUGGCUUUCAAUCUUUUUUAAUUUAAAAUUUGUACUAGUUUAUACAUAAUUUUUGCAACAUAAUAGAACAAAUGAAUUGCUCAUAUGUGAAGUGAUGUGACAUCAAAGCAGGCUUAAUGGGAAAGGCAUACAAAAUUCUAUAGCAUUAUCUUAAAGCACUUGUGCUUAUUAAUGUCAAGGCUAUCUUGUUUAGAGAAGUUAAUAAAAGGCGAUCAGCUUAAUUCAAAUGC